GCCGGCCCAGCUGCCUAGUGCAUGGAAUGUAAAUAAAUAAAACUAAUGUAAGACAAGUGAAAAACCGAAUCAAUUUAAGUCUAACUUAGCAGUGUUUUUAGUAUAAAUUAUGUCUCAUCAGUUAGGUCGUGCUGUUUCUGAAAUACUGCAUAGACAUUUUGGAGAAAUAGUUCAACAAGUCGGUAAUGAUUUAUUUACUUAUGGAACCAAACCAGUUGGCAUGAUUGUAAAAACAACAGGACUGCCUAGACAACAGGUUAUAGAGAGUCUUCGGACUCUAUUGAAAUUUGAUCUAGCUGCAUUUGAACCAUCAGUUAAUGAAUUGAUAGCUGACUACAAACUUUUACCUGAAAAUGUACUAUUGUUAAUACGGUACCCAAGAUACCUUCUUCAAAUGAAAAGCAAGUAUGGCAGUGACGCUGAGUUAUUGGUGGAAGAAUUGUUACAGCAGGCUACAUGCACAGCCACCAUUCUUUUAGUCACCAUUGCUACCAAGUUUAAAGAUGGAAAGGAAAAAAAUAUCAAUAUAGUUCAACUAAAAGAUACAUUUAUUAGUCUUGCCACUGCUGGGUACAUACAGCAGGCACCAGUUGCCGAGGUAAAGGAAGGCAGUGAGGUACCAACACUUGUACCAGUGGCGACUAUUGUGCCAGAUCUCGAUGCGAGGGUGCUUAUACAAGCAGUCAAUACUGGAAAUAUAGCUGAUAUCAAAGAUAAUGUUUACUGGAGAGUUAACUAUGACAGAUUCCACCAAGACUUCAGAGAUGAUCUCAUGGUUAAAGCGGUCACACGGCGAGUUGAUGAUAAUGCGGGGGAGGUGAUGCGGUUACUGCUGCAGCAGAUGUAUCUGUCAUCACCGGCGUGGGCGGCUGACUCGAGUCCCGCGGCAGCGUUGGAGUUGCGAGACAGAUGCGCCGACAAACCCAUGCUGGCUCAACACCUCGACCACUAUCUCAAAGUCAUCGGUAUGUACUUAUGUUAUUAUGAAUUGCUAUUUAUGUUAUUUAUUAUUAUUAUAUGGUUAAUGGUUGGCUCUUGAAAUUUCAUUUUUAAGGGUCAUUUAUU